AUGUCUUUCCAAUCGACCCCAUUCGAGAUCUUCAUGCAAGAAGAGAUGUACUCUCUUCCUUCCAUCGAGCCAACACCAUUUGGUGAAAUUUCAGGGCCCUUUGGCAUGAUUGAAAUACCCGGUAUGCCAGGAGUGAGAUGUCCAACCUGUCUUGCCAAUGGGCAGGAAGUCUGGGUUAUCCCAGGAAGAGCUUGUGGCGCUUGUGCUUGGCGUUGCAGUCCGACAAUCUUCAGACACGCCGUCAAAGCGAAGGACCGUUGGAACACUUGA